GUUCUUGGAGUUCUUUGUUCCGGCCGCAGGCACAGGGGCCGGAUCUCAAGGAUCUGAGGGGGAAAGGGCGGCGAAUGGCGGAGGGUCGGAACCAGGGAAUUUCAACGAGCUCGGCUUGGCGAAGGAAGGGUUUGAGGAAGCGGGUCGCCGAGCGUCCCGGGGUGUGGGGGGAUGGGGGGCGGGGCCCGGGCCGGCAGCCCUUGGUACCCCUCAGGCUCGGAAGGAGCAUUUUGAGGCCGGCAGCUCCGACUCUGAGACGGGCAUCUCCCGUUUGGGAGACUCCAAUCCAGGCAGUCGCGGAUUCAUGAGAGAACUGCAUCAAAGAGGAAGGAAUAAUCCCAGGUCUCUUGCCAUUGGAGCUCCAGGGCACAGAUCCUGUAUGUUUGUGGGAUCUGUAUCCUUCUGUAAGGCCCUGUGUCUCGCUGCAAGAUUCCUGCUGCUGGGCCCUCCCUGCAGACACUCCUCUGACUGUACAGCCAUCUGCGACAUUCAUGGCUCUCUGGACUGUCUCUGGAACAUGGAAACCAAGAAGCAGGCUCUGGAGAGUGGAGGUGGAGCUCUGCGGUCUCAAGCCUCAGCCCUUUCCCAAGAUGGGGAAGACAAAACCAAGUUUCAGGAAACCGUGACCUUCAAGGACGUGGCUGUGGUCUUCACCGAGGAAGAGCUGGCGCUGUUGGACUCCACCCAGAUAAACCUGUACCAAGACGUGAUGCUGGAGAACUUCAGGAACCUGGUCUCUGUGGGUGAGGACAGCGACCUCCCUGUAAGAGACAGGAUUAAAAACAACAUUUCGAACCUUCAGGAAAAAGGGUUGAGUUACCUCUCACCAGAAGUGCUCUACUUUUGGCAGAUUUGGAAACGAAGGAUCAGUGAAUUGAGUGUGAGUCAGAAUUAUGUCAUGAAUCUUCAAGGAGAUUGUCCCCAAUAUUUAGAAGGAGAUGUUUCCCUCUGUGAAGAGUGGGCAGAAGUGUCUGAAAAUGAAAGGUAUGUAAUAAAUGCCAUUAAUUUAGAAAACCAAGACAUCACAGCUCGGAAAGGCCUGGCACAGGUCCUUACCCCAGAAUCUUGGAAGAAAGCCAACGUAAUGACUGAGCCUGAGAAUUCUCAGGGAAAGUACAAGAGAAUUCAUAUGGAAGAGAAAUUGGAUGGAUGUCCUCAGUGUGAUGGCAGCUUCUUUCAGACCUCACGUGAUUGUAAUGAUUUCCAAGAAUGUAAAGGAGAGGAACCUUACAGAUACACCGGCUGUGGGAAACAUUUGGUUAUGAAGUCAGCAGUCAAACACAGUCACGUGGUCUAUGCAGUGCGGCAACCUUUCAGGUGUAAUAACUAUAGAAUAGGUUUCAUAGAUGAUGCAAAUGCUCAUGUUCAUCACAGCGCUCACACAGGAGAAAAAUCUUGUAAAUAUGACCAGUGUGGAAAGGACUUUAGUCAGAGCUCAGGACUUACUGUUCACUAUAACACCCACUCAGGGGAGAAAACUUGUGAGGGUCAGGAGUGGGCUAAGGGCUGCAAACAGAGCUCAGACCUUCCCAGGAAUCAGAAAGGGCCCUUGGGAGACAAACCCUAUAAAGGCAUUGAAUGUGGCAAGCGCAGUUCUUUUCUUCACAACCAUCACCGAGUCCACACGGGGGAGAUGCCCUACACGUGUGACGUGUGUGGGAAGGGGUUCGGAUUCAGGUCGCUUCUGUGUAUCCACCAGGGAGUCCACACAGGGAAAAGGCCCUAUAUAUGCACAGAGUGUGGGAAGGGCUUCGGUCAGAGCUCCAGACUUCUUGUCCAUCAGAGGGUCCACACUGGAGAGAAGUACAAAUGCAGCAAGUGCAGCAAAUCCUUCGGCUCCAGCUCCGUCCUCCAAGUCCACUGGAGGCUGCACGUGGGAGAGAAGCCUUAUAGGUGUGGCAAGUGUGGAAAGGGCUUCAGCCAAAUCACACACCUGCACAUUCACCAGAUCCACACGGGGGAGAAACCCUACAAAUGCGACGUGUGCAGGAAGGCUUUCUCCUACAGCUCGUCUCUGCACCCUCACCGGAGGGUUCACACGGGAGAAAAGCCUUACAUGUGCCAAGUGUGCGGUAAGGACUUCAGUUACAGCUCCUAUUUUCACUUACAUCAGAGAGAUCACACCCGAGAGAAACCGCAUAAAUGUGAUGAGUGUGGGAGUGGCUUCAUUCGGAACUCCAAUCUUCACGUUCAUCUCAGAGUCCGCACAGGAGAGAGGCUCUGUAAGUGUAAAGAAUGCGGGAAGGGCUUCGGUCGUAACUCUUAAUCCUCUUGCCCGUCAGACGGCACAUAGGGAUGAGAUGGACUAUGCAUGUCCUGAGCCUGGCAAGGCCCAGGAAAUACGUAGCUCAGACCUUCGUACUCAGCCAAGUCUGCACAAGAGGACAGAAACAUUAUAAAGGUAGUCAGUCUGUGUUCAAUCAGGAAAACAGAAGCCACUUAUGUGUUCCAGAUGACAGAGGCUUACUCAGCCAUUGGGAGGGCCGGGGGGAGCAAAGGACAGGGACACGACCACCCGUGAUGUCAGCUGGCCGCACUGAAGCACGUGGUUCUUAAGGGCACUCCAGGAAACCACCGUGGGUCUCAACACCUUCCUUGAACCUCUCAUCAGCCGUCAUCUGCUGUCGUGGCAAAGAAAGUGAUUCUUUUUUUUUUUUUUAGGUUUUGAAGCUUUGUUUAUUUAUUUAUUUAUUGAAUUUAGAAAGUGAUUCUUUUUUUUUUUAGGUUUUGAAGCUUUGUUUAUUUAUUUAUUUAUUUAUUUAUUGAAUUUAGAAAGUGAUUCUUGACAAAUGGGUUGUUUGUGGCAAUAGUCACAGGUCAAAUUUCCAUUAAUGGGUACGCCCAGGAAGGACAUUCUAAUUGGGAUGAGGAGAGUAAGAACUUCAGUCCAGCCAUAAUCUUUAGGUGAUUUUGUUUUUUUGUUUUUGGAGUCUCCUCUAGAAAGACAGUCUCCGUUAAGAACAUUCAAAAUAGUGCUCAGACAUGAGAGCUAUGUUAUUAGUAUGGUAAGAAUUAGGCCAUACUCAGUUUUCAAAUCCAUUAGAAUUUCCACACAGGAGAAGCUCUGUAGAAGCGAUAUUUUUAGGGUGUGGCAGAGAUAGUGAUACGUAUUCAUAUUCGUACUGGUUCUAUUUCCUGGGCACAUAGGAAGACUCCAUUUCCCAGCAGGCCUUGCAGUUAAGGGUGGGCCCAUGUGAUUGAGUUUCAACCGAUGGAGUGUGUGCAAAAGUGAUAUGCGCUACUUCCAGGACUGGCCCUUACAAGCAUCUGUCCAUGUCCUCCAGACUUCUCUUUCCUGUCAUGGUGGUUUCGGAGGCUGUUUCUUCCAGAUGGGAAGGUGGCUAUCUGUGUUGGACUCUUUUGUUUUUGUUUCUUUUGAGUGAGAAAUAAACAUUUAUUGUGUUACA